CAUAUAUCCUCUAAACGGAAGGGUGCGGGCUAUCGUAGCGGGUCAAGACGUGGCAGUCUGUCCGCUUCUGCUUCCAACUCGUCUAAUGAUGGGAGCAGUAUAUCGUCAAUUGGGUCUCUGCGUUCAGAAACGGAAAGCGAGAACAUCAGUCUGUCUGGAAACUCGGAUAUAGACUCCAUCAUGCUCAGCGACCCCUACCGGAUGACAGUUCACUUUCUUGCGGACGCGCACGAGAUUUAUCCAAUGAUGGAUAUGUAUCAACCAGUGAUUGAUUGGGUUGAUCCAGAUUUGCAUAUAUUUAAAAUAUCUGAGAGGACAGAUUUUAGUGACGGCGACAACCAAUCAUUUUCUAUGCAAACGUCUUACUUGCCAAGCGUCUCUCUGAUGGUGUUUCUUCACGAGGAAGGCAUGUUGGGAUGCGAACGGAUCCAAAACGCCAAAAAACAUUUUGAGAAAUCCCCGUGGAAAUUUCACCAUUCGGAGGAAGUUUCUCGUGGGCGGGUUAACCCUUACCCUUACAACAGUCAAGACUUUUACUACACCUCAGAGGACCUUCCGCUCUGGGCGGUGAGACAGGUACAUUAUGGGAAGGAACAUAUACGGGUGGUUGUGUUUGCAAGUGAGGACAACUGGAAUGAUAUGGUUCAGUUUUACAAACUAAUAAUAGGAACAGAACCGGAUCUGAACCGAAACGACUUCUGUUUAUUUACAAUUCAUACGCAUUUGAACUACGAUGUGCAGUUCGCACUGAAGAAGAUACAAUCCGAUAUAAAGCCUCGCGCAUUAGACUGUGUUAAGCUGCAAUUCAGGGUCUCGGAUGUGGGGCACAUUGUGCCGUUGUUUCCAAACGUUUGUAAACCCCUGUCGGACACUAGAUGGCAGACGACAGACCACGAUGGAAAUGUGAUAGUGUUGGAGGUGACGGGGUGCAACCCGUCACCUUCGGAAAAAGCCAGUCAUGUGUCUCGACACAGUUCGGACAGGUCAAACCGAUCUGAUCAGUCAGGCAGGCUAUCACAUAGGUCUGACCAAUCAGACAGACUGUCACGUAGGUCCGACCAAUCAGACAGUUUGUCACAUAGGUCUGACCAAUCAGAUCGGUCGUCACAUAGAUCCGACCAAUCGGACAGAUCAUCACAAAACUCGUUGAAUUCAGGAAAUUCUGACAGGACAGUUCAAUUAUCUAGUUUCUAUGUAUGAUAUAUUUAUGUUUAUGUCAGUGUUAUGUCUCUGGUAUUACAAACAGGUAACGAACAUAAUUCAGAUUCAAUAUUUAUGACAGAGUAUAUAUCUGCCUGUACCCAGGUUCUGGGAUAUGAAAAUAUAUAGAGUCUAAGUCAAAAUUUGAAUGUUCAGGAAAACCUCAUUUUGUUGCCAACAUUUGUCCAGGAAAACUUCGUCAUUAUCAGGGUAUUGGCGAUAAAUCGAGGGAGACGAAAUGUGUUUAAAUGGAUAUUUACGAUAAUAGUUAAAAUAUCGACUCGAAAUAUGCUGGCAUAUGAAACGAUGAGCAAUGUAUCGAGGUUUUACGGUUGUAACGCUACUUAUCAAAAUAUGAAUCUACAUGCAUAAUUGUCUCGUAUUGUUUUACGGCCCAUCGAUAAUUUAAAUAAUUUAAACCCAAUUAAUGAUUCAAAGGCCUGGUGUACCUGGCUAAAGUUGACAAGGGAACAAUACAAUGUUUUUCUAAUAUCAUACGAACGAACGGCAGUUUAUACCGUUAUUGUCUCUUUGUUAACCACGAAACAUCACUGUUGUUUCAUCUUCUCGCUCUCUGUGUACUUACUUUACUCAUUCACCCCUGAAAUUUUAUGAUGAACUAGUCCUACCUUUGAUUUGGAAGAGUUCAGAUUUGUCUUCAGGGAUGAAUGAGCCAUUCAAUCACUUUCUGUAAGAACAAAUUUUGGAAAUUUGCCUGAUAAAACAAAAUAUCAUACCUCUAAUUAAAUAGAAACCCUCGAGGUGAUAUUGGGUAAUAUGUUGUUUAUCUAGUGAUAUUUUAAGCAACCGUUGUAUAAUUUAGGUACAUAUUCAAAAUCUUCAUUCCUUUUUCUCUAGAUAUUGACAUAUCAAUGUAACAAAAAAAAGGAUGAACUAGUUUUAUAUAUGUAUAUAAUGAAUUGCCAAAAGCAGAUCUAAUCAGAUAGCACUAUAAAGGUUAGAGGCAAAACUCAACGUGACGUAUCUCAGUUUGGCGCUGAUGUACUGGAACAACCUGAAGGCCUUUUACAAUAAUGAUCAUUUAUCUGUAGAUGGCGAAGUCAAAUAAAUAAAUGGAUGUCGUCUUCAAUUUUAUCUGUUUUUGGCAUCAUUUUUGUGUUCAAAAGUUUAAAGGUAAAGUUGGCGCCAACCUAACCUGUCAAUCAAGUUUAUCAUGUUUUCAAAUGACGGACUUCUUAACUUUUAGUUGCUUUAAAACAAAACGAGUGAGUCAGACCGCGUAAUUUAUCAAUAAAUGAAGACGUGAAAUUUAAAUGAUAUUGUUUUUAUCAGUAAUCGCGGGCUUCCAGCGUUUCUGGUCUGAUUGAAUAGAACAAAUUACACAUUAUAAAUCACUGACUUGAAACUUAAAUAAGCUUACAGUAUAAACAAAAAUAUAUCUGGUUAUACCAUUAACGUACAUAAACAAUGACAAUUUAAUUACUUAACAGUCUUGAUCUUCCAGAUAUUAAUCAACUAACAAUGGAUAGGACACAAAAUUACCGAAACAUGUUGUAUACACUAUUUCUCACGAGCCGUUAGACAGCGACAGUUCUGUCGGCUGAUACAAGCUAAAGGCGCCACUUAGUACGAGAACUAACCAAUGUCCCUUCCCAUAUCUUGUCCCAAAUAUCUUACAUCUGAUUAUAGAGCCUCCAGACGCGUGUCUUUACCUUUUAUCACAAAAAUCACUGUGUCACUGACUUUGAAAAGGUGUGUACUCUGUGUUGAUCGUGUCGAUAUAAUAUUAUAUCAAUUUAAUCCUAAGAACUGUCUCUACCACUAAAAGGAAUAGUAUCUUCAAUGUUUUUGUAAUACAUAUAUAACGCUACAACAAAUGCAUCUAUUAAAGGAUUGUCUUUUGUCCUUUCAUUUGUUCGGGCUUUUGCAUCAGUACGAACAGUUGAAUGAUAGGUGUCUUUGUCAUAGAGUUAUAACUGUUUAUCUUUUAGCCAGAUACAAACCCUCGUGUCACACUAUACAAAUCGUUCGAUAGCGUUUCGAGCCACCCAUGUAUACACUUUAAGCCAAGAUGGAAAACGAUAAUAAAUCAAUGUUAAGAUGUAAAUUAAUUCUUGAUUUAGACGUCAAUGACAAGAUUCAAAUACAAAAACGAUCUUAUCUUUAGGACGGAAAUAGAAAAAAUGAAUUCCAUAUUGAAAUUUAUAUCACCACAAAUACAUGUUAUGGGUGACAUCUAUUUUAAUUUCUAUCUGCCACCAUCCUCUGAAAAUAGACUUCUGUUAUGGUUCGUGACGCCAUUCCGAUAUCGACCUUUAUCAUAUCCAUUAAAUGUAAUUUUGUGGUCCAUAAAUUUUCAGUUUCCAGUUGAACAUGUACCGUGUAACGACCCUUGCCAAGGGAAGCCUGACCCAUAUUUCACUAUUCCACCACUUCAUCGUGUUCGGAUUGGUUUUUAUAUUUCUUGAAUGGAUGAGGAGGAACAGCGUAUCUAGCGACUCGUUCCAGUGACCACGGAGAGGGUCUGUCAGUCAUAAAAUAAAAUAAAAAAAGCUUUGGACGACAUUUGAGAUAUAUUGAAUUAAAAUGGGAUCUGGUCUAGUUACGAAGAAAAUUACAAUCUUUAAAUAUGAGUGUAAUGAAAUCGUGAUUGAAGGAAGGUGCGCAAAUACAUUACCUUAAUAGGACCGAAUUAUUUCAAAAUAACCGAUCCGUAAUGGCGUUUUGAUAGAAUAAAACACAUGCAUGGCUAUUAGUUUACGUUAUUUUAUUUAGUCAUCACAUUGACUUGAAAUACGAUUCCUUUCUCCGAGCUCAAUAGGAAAAGUAAUAAAACUAUUUGGGUGAAACAGAACAGUAAUUGGCUGGCAGCUGGAUGCGGGGUGAGGAAAUAACAAAAUACAGUGGGAUGUGUCUAUUUCAGACAGUGAAGUGUGCCAAGCACCUGCUAGCUAUAGCUAAUUUACAUAUAUGUGAAAAUUCAGGUAAAAAUACGCAUUUAAUACGACUAUUUAUUUUAAUCAAGUAAUAAUACCGGUAUUAAGCAAUAAAUUAUAAAACAGUCUGUAGACAGUUGUAUCUUUUAAACACACGUUCAUGAUUAAAUACAAAUAGACGUUACAUCCUUCUAUGGUACAUAACCUUAAACAUGGAAGUAAAUCUCAUUCGUUUUUUCAUCUAUUACUGUACAGCUUUAAUUUUUUGUGUGGCUCUAAUUUUCACUAUUUCAAUGGUGAUUAUGUUUCUGCGACAACUUUCAGUGAAAUGUUUUUAUCAUAUCCGAGAACUUUCACGAACUCAUCAAUUUACAAUAACCAAAUCAAAUCGCAAUAUCUCGGCCUAUUCCGUCAAAGCUCGGAAUCAAACUUUUGAUUCCGAGCCUUUCCAGAAUUUGCCGAGUUAUUGCAUUUGCAUUGAACCGCGAAAAGAUGAUCCGUCGAAUUGCAAGUUUUAUAUGAUGUGUAAAGUGUUAACAAUUUGUAGUAAUGCAUUAAUCUCAUUUAAUUUGAUUAAUUUAUCAACAUCACUUGUGUCACGUUUUCCCUAUCAACCUCAGUGUGAAUUAAACAUGACCCGAGUAGUCUGCCCCUGAUCUAGUUGGCCAGCUGUAUUCGAGAGUAUACACCCAGUGCAAUAUAUCCAACCCAACGAACGGAUCGACAAUAUGUCUGAUACAACAAAUAGGUAAUUAUAUAUCUAGAUAUAUAUACAUAUGUAACCUUUUACAGUCACCUGAUUUAUAUUGAUAAAAAUAUACAAAGUUUGCUGUCGAAAGCUUUUAAUUCUUAAAGAGAAGCAAAGAUCAUAUCAAAUUGAACACAUUUUUUAACUGGUACAAAUCAUUUGGGUUGGAUUUCAAAUCGGCAGUAUCAUUCAAUGACGUUGGAUAUAGGUUUGGAAUAUACACUGUAUCAGAUAACGUUGAAACUGCAAUGAUUGUGAAGAACAAAUCAUUAUUGCAAUGUCUAUGGCAGAGACUUCAGUCAGCAAGACUCUGCUACACAUACCUCAUCUGUAGUUAAACAUAAACGGUAGCAAUGCACUGUUCCACUUUAAAUUUUAUAAUAUGAAAGGUUCUGAAGAAAAACUACAAAACAGUUCAAAGAAUUGCACCUGUAACAUUUAUGAAAAUGUUAUUUGUUGACAACUCCAGAAUCCAGGUAUAUCGAUUCCGAUAUCAGACUCCCUUAUUUUCUUAAUUGAGAAAUUGCCAAAGGUGAUGAGUUUGAAGAUAAAAGUAGUCCAGUGUCAGUAUAUGAAAUGUUCAAAAUAAUUAGUAAAAUGAAUCAUUGAAAUUUGUAUAUGAACUCCAUUAUGUCAAUGGGAGAAUGUGGAGAUAUCAGGCUAUUAUUUCACAGGUGGAAGAUUAUAAGUAUUACAUAUUUAUUUAGACUGUCACUUGUUUAUUGAUAAAUGUAUGUUUGUUUUGCA